AAUUUUUUUUAUGAGAUGAUAAAUGUUUCCAGGUCUGCAAGGAGAUAUGUAAACGUGGAGUGAACUUACCCUGCUGCGGAACACAGGCCUGUAGAGCCUGUGCCACCAAACAGAUAACGAAAAACCGGAAAUGUUGGAAUUUGACCUGCUUGAAAGAUGCAAAGACAGAUGAUCUGGUGAACGAUGAUGAUCUCAGAGAUGCAACGACUAAACUUAAAGCCGGUCAACCUAUACCAGCAGAUGUGCUCCAGAGAAUUCAGUCCCGGUUCCAAGAGUCGGAGAUAGAGAUGAUUGUUGACGAAGAUCCUAAAAUAUCUUCUAAACCUACAAGUGCCACUCCGACCACUCCUUCUAAACCUUCAAGUGCCGCUCCGACCACUUCUUCUCAACCUUCAAGUGCUGCUCCGACCACUUCUUCUAAACCUACAAGUGCUGCUCCGACCACGGCUAAGCCAGCUUCCACAACUCUUGCUAAACCCACUUCUACAACUCCCAAUACCUCUAAACCUUCCCCACCAACUCCUAAGUUAAUUUCUUCAACUACCAAACCUACUCCUACCACUCCCAACUCCCCUAAGUCUACUCCAGCCCCUAAGAACCCUGUACCCGCUACGCCUAAGUCUCCCCUGAGCGCCGCAAAGCGUAAAUCAGAUCUUCCUUCUGAAGUUGAUUCUAAGAAAGGAAAACUGGAGACAAAUCCUCUCAAGAUAUUUCUCGAUGUGGAAAUUAUGCUCCAGAGUUUCCCCAACUUGUCCCAGAUAUGUAUCAAGAGCUCUGAAUCAGAUCAAGUAUUUUUUUCUGCCAUCCCUCCUAAAUUUUUGAAACCAGGAUCCCCUGAGAGUCUUCUGAACAAGCAUCAUUUGAGGAAGAAAACCGGUUUUUUAGCUGCUAAAACUUCACCGUUUCAAUUUGUUAAGGAGGAUCAAAGUAAAGUUGAUUGCACUGUUGUGUAUGAGACGCUGACGAAAGCAAUUAACUUUGUUCGAGAAAUCAAGAAGAAAAAUCCAGGCCGAGAGCUUGUAUUAGUUAUGUACUGUGAGCUGAUGUACAAGCUGUUGUACAAGAUAUUGAAGAAUGUAGCGUACUACAAGGAGUUCAAGGCUAUCUUUGACUCAGUCCUAACCUUUGAACAAUAUUUUGCGCAAGCUUCUAAACAAAAAGUUGACGUCAAACCAAUUAACGAACUGUUCACGCCUGUCCGGGAUAUAUACAGCUGUGCUGAGACAGUCAAACUUCUUCAGAGAUUAGACAGAGAGAAGGUGGAACAGGCUGUGUUCCUUAAUCUCCGUGUUCCCAGCCUAGAGGAAAAGAUAGAAGGGUUAUUUACAACAAAGGAGCCGGGCAAAUAUUGCAAGAUCAGCAGUGUCAAGAUCAAACCGGAUUUCCAGUCGUUAGCAGAGAAGUGCAACCCGCAACCCGUUUCAAACCCGGUAGCAACUGCUUCUAAACCAGUUGUAACCAGUUUAAAACCGGUUUCUAAACCAGCUGUCGUAACUAAAUCUAUCCUGAAGCCGACACCGAAGGUCUAUGAACCGGACCACGAGGAGAUUAUAAUCCUUGAGGACGAUCAGGUGACCGCGGAGACUGUUUAUAUAUCUGGCCUAUACGCGGUGUUUGUUCACCCUGUCCUUCUUCACCUGAGUGGAUUAGAGGCUGGAACUAGAGCAGUUUCCUUCAAAUCUGAUCUGUAUGCAUAUAAACCUAUGAACCCGGCAAAGGUGUACUGGAAAGGGAAGGAUGCCUACACCUUCUACAAUAUCAGGGUUCAGCUCAACCCAGCAAACAGAACUAAAUCUUUUGAGGCAAAAAUUAUCAGGAGUAUUGGGGACAAGAAGGAGGUUCUAAAUGUAAAGAAGGAUACAAGGCGGAUGGAGGAGACCAGACCUUUUAACAAGGUGGUGAAGGUAAACCUGGUGUACAACACGGACACCAACCCCUCCACCUCCUACACCCUCAACGACAACACUGCUGUUCUUCUAGUUAAACUAGUUCCUCAUGAUAAUGCUACAAUCAAUAAUAAAAAUAAGGAUCUAAUGUUCACCAGCAGUGAUGUGUUUAUGUACUUGAAAUCUAAACUAGGCGGACUGGAGAUAAUAUCUCAUCUAUUCUGCCCAGAUACAAGAAAUCUAGCAAGAGUUGUCUUCAGGUGUCCUGGUAGUAUAAAAAUAUCUCCUGGCCAAGUACUAGGAACUGCUCUCCUGCUUCAGGAGGAAAACAUAUCUCUGGCUCUACUUAAAGCUGAACAGCAUGAACAGACAAUCAAGAGAAUAUUGGCAGCAAAUUCCAAUUCCCCCAAUGCGCCAACAUCUCCGACUAAAUCCUAUGUCCUCACCAGCAGGAUGAAACGUCCUUGUCACACGUUAGAAACGUCCUGUCUUUACUCUGGUAUCAUGCACCCCGUCCUAGUUAAACUCAAGAACUACGAGGUAACACAGUUAGCGAAGAAGUUCAGCGAGGCCCAGUUCGAGUUUAAAGAGGACUUCGUGAAGGCCGUUGGUUUGGAUUUAGCGUCCAGAGCUACAAAAACGUGCUCCGUCUUUUGGCAUAAAAACGUUCCGUAUGCGUUCCUGCAGAUCACUCUUAGUGGGCAAAAGUUGAAGACGACAGUAGUAAAAGCUGACGCAGAAAUUGCAACCUUUUCUCCAGUUGAAUCAGGUGAACCCAAGCCACUGCCUUGCAUAGAGAUGUCAGUGUGUAUUGAUUUCUCGCAGAAGAAUCUUUCUGUUGAUUUGAAACCUGUGCUAGUUAAGGUUUAUCUGAAGUUUACUAAAUCCGAAGUUCCCAAACGUGAAGUUCUUGAUCAAAUAUUUGCAGUCAAUAAUAUAUACAAUUCAAAACUCAGGAUCCUGAAUAUCGUCUUCAAACCUCUAUUUAAGGAGCACCUGGCCCCCCAGAAGACCCAGACGAAUGAUAUGAUGGCUGAACUAGUGAUAGCUAGCAGGGACGGAACUAUCUAUCUCAACCCUAGAGAGGUUAUAGCAGAUGUAUCCUCUAUAGGAGCUAGGCUUGGUGGAGAUACACACUCCCUGGAUCUGUUUAAGAGUAGCGGAGUCCGAGUUAUGACUCAAGAUACUUUUGAGCAGGAAGACAGAGAGGAACAGAGGAGAAAGGAAGAGGACCGGCGCGCUAUUCAAGAGCGUGCGUACCGCAUGAAGGAGCGUGCACGAGAAUUCCAAGUUAAUGGUUUGUUCAACCGACGAAUGGAGACUACUGAAUGUCAUCCUGGACCUCAAGUACAUCAACUUCAUCCCGCACCUCAAGUAAAUCAAGGAACUCAAGUACCUCAACUUCAUCCUGGACAUCAAGUACAUCAACUUCAUCCCGCACUUCAAGGACCUCAAGUACCUCAAGCACAUCAACUUCAUCCUGGACAUCAAAUACAUCAACUUCAUCAACAGGAGAAUCCAACGUUUUCUCGCCCAUCCCAACCCCUUCCUCAACCUGUUCCCGUCCAAUACUUAGGCCAACAACACCAUUCUCAACUACCGCAGCCGGUGCCUCCACCUCAAUUAGGUCAGUUGAUACAGCACCCUGUACACAAGAGAGAGGACGUAGAUCUAAUUAUGUUACCCUCUGUACAAAGAAGAGGGGACGUAGAUCAGAUUAUGCGACCUCCUGUACACAGGAGGGAUGAGAUGGAUUGGAGAGAGGAGAUGGAAAGUAGAGAAGGAAGAUAUGAGGAGAGGGAUGGAAGGGGAGGAAGAUAUGAGGAGAGGGAUGGAGUAAGGCAUGUUGAGGAUACUGGCUCAGGAUUGAGAAUAAACAUGAAUCGUGAACAGGAAAUGCUGGAGAGGCGAAGGAGAGAAAGUAUGAUGAGUUUGCAGGAGAGAAUGAAUAUGAAUAUGAAUACGGAUAUGGAAAGAAGAUCUCCGAAUCAACCCAGGAGGUCAAUGAUACCCGACCAUCGUGUGGUGGAGGAGGCUAGACAUGUUCUAGCUCAUGGGAUCAGUGAUAUAGUCAAUACAUUCUUAGACAGGGGAGACAUGUCAAGGCAUUUAGAAGAUCACAGAAGCGAUCGUAGGUCAACGCGUGAAGAACGACGGGAUGAUCGUCGCCACUCAGAGAUCGGCGGCAGUCGACGAGUUGAAGAGCGAAGCAGGAUAGACGGCCGAGGGAUAGAGGAUGUACGAUCGUUUAUUGAUCGAAAAAGAUCUAACGGAAACGAUUAUCUUCGGGAUAAACUCUUUGCGUCCGCGAGAGAGAAAUUUUUCAGAGAUUGAUCUCUAAGUAAUCAAUCGAUCAGAAACUACAAUUCAAAAUUUAAUCCAAGAUUUGUAUGUCGAUCCUGUAGACCCGCAUAAUAACACGAAUCCGGAUCUCGGGAACACGCAUAUAAAAAAGCACUAGUUUGCAGAUUGCAGAAUUUAAUAAUUAAAGCUUCUUAAAACAUCUUGUUGUGGUGUUAUGUUAUUGUGAACAUAAUUUGUAAUAUAUGCUAUUAUGUAUAUGCAGUACAAUAUUAUUGAGGUGGGGGGGGGGGGAGAGGGGGCAAAGUUAAGAAAUCUGAAAACUUAUUAAAAAUCUCUCGACACCUGAAUAUGUAUUCAGUGUACUGCACCACCUCCGGAGUAAAACUACUGCAAACUAUUAUUUAAAAAUAAGUGUUCUAAGAUCCGAACAGUUACGAGUUUUUGCUUGUAAAGUUGUGAGAAAAUUUAAAUUUGUUUAUUUGCUCUGUAUUUUUAAUUUGUUUUGAGUCGCAUACUUAUGUUCUAAUCGUGGUAAGAAUAUGAAUAUAGUUGUCACAAGAAAACUGUGUAAUGAUUUUCGUCAGCUAUGCUACAGUUAGAACCGGAAAACUGCGGAACAAGGAGACGACUUUUUAGACUCAAAAUAUGUCUUUAAAUAAUUCAAUAAACAUUAGACACAGA